AGAGUAAUGUUAAAAUUUGAACCAAAAUAUUUAAUUUAGAAAAUCAUGUAGUCUGACUGUGUCCCUUUUUCAUCCCUUAGUACUACUACCAUGAGUGAAUUUACAUCGGGAACUUCUGAUGGAAUCUCCAAGGAAAUUAUAAUGGAACGACUCUCCAGGUUCCAUGAUGAAGAUACUGAAGACAGUGUCUUUCUCAAUUCAAAUGACAGCAUUAUUAGUAGAAUUUUGUACUCACUGGUAUCAUCACUCACGUUCAGAAUAUUUGGAAUUAUGCUCGUCUUUGUGGAUCUGUCUCUCAUCAUUACAGACCUGAUUGUCGCUAAUAGCACAACAUAUAUUCCUUUGGAAUAUCAUUCAAUUUCUUUAGCUAUUGCUUUAUUUUUUUUGAUGGAUGUUCUUCUUCGAGCAUAUGUAGAAGGGAUAAAAUACUAUUUUUCUGAUGCACUUAACUUUUUGGAUGCUGUCAUUAUUGUAAUGACUCUAUUGAUUGAUAUUAUUUAUAUGUUUUUUGACUUUAAGUCUCUUCAAACUACCCCCAGAUUGACUAUUUUCUUUCGACCUCUACGACUUGUCAUUCUUGUAAGAGUUUUUCAUCUGGCUCAUCAAAAGAGACAUCUUGAACAGCUGGCCAGAAGGAUGGUUUCAGGAAACAAACGGCGGUACAGGAAGGAUGGAUUUGACCUAGACCUCACUUAUAUUACCGAGCGUAUCAUUGGCAUGUCAUUCCCAUCUUCAGGAAAGGAGUCUUUCUAUAGGAAUCCCAUUGAGGAAGUUGUGCGGUUCUUAGAUACCAAACAUCGAGAACACUAUCAAAUCUACAAUCUAUGCAGUGAAAGAGCUUAUAAUCCUAAGUACUUCCAUGACAGGGUCCAGCGAAUCAAGAUUGAUGAUCACAAUGUCCCCAGUCUAAGUGAGAUGGUGGCAUUCGCCAAGGAAGUGAAUGAGUGGAUGUCUCAAGAUGACAAAAACAUCGUAGUGAUUCACUGUAAGGGAGGCAAAGGACGAACUGGAACGAUGAUUUGUGCCUACCUUAUUGCCAGUGGAAUAUUUACAACUGCAGAGGAGAGCCUUUUUUAUUUUGGAGAACGGCGAACAGAUAAAAGCACCAGUACUAAAUUUCAGGGAGUUGAAACCCCUUCCCAGAGUAGAUACGUUGGAUAUUUUGCAGAUGUGAAAAAUAUCUACAACAUGACUCUCCCUCCAAGAAAAACAGUCAAGAUUGAAAAAAUUGUUAUUCAUUCAAUUCAUGGUGUAGGAAAAGGCAAUGGCACUGAUCUCAAAGUACAAAUAGUAAUGCAGAGGCAGAUCAUCUUUUUCGGCUCUGCUUCCAAAAACUGUCAGAUCCUUCAUGAUGCAGAAACAGACAGCGUGACAAUCCAUCUGUCCAACUGCCCACCACUGUAUGAUGACAUCAAAGUGCAGUUUUUCUCUUCUUCCGACCUACCCAAGUAUUACGACCAGUGUCCAUUUUUUUUCUGGUUCCAUACAUCAUUUUUACAAAACAAAAGGCUUUACCUUCCACGGAACCAACUGGAUAAUCCACAUAAAAAAAAAACCUGGCAUAUCUACCGUGAGAACUUUGCAGUAGAGCUGCAUUUUGAAUAAGUGUUCCCCACCACCCCUGCCACACAUUUAGGUCUCCUAACCCUCCUUCCUUGCAUGUAUACUUACAGUACAUUUACAUACACAUUUUUGACACCUUAAGUUUAUACGUUAUAAAAGGUUAGUGGUCCUUUUCUUUCCUGAAGGAGGUAUGCCAGAGUUGAGAGAACUACUGUUCCUGGGGACUGUGUGCCAAAGUUAAGAGUUUAAAAGAACUUUCAUAUCAAAAUAACAUUUAAAAUGAUUCCUCACAAUAUUGCGUGAGGUUUAUUAUGUAUUAUUGGGUAAGUAGUCCCUGCUUUCACAUGUGUAAUGUCAGAUUAAAGAGGUCAUUUCUAAGCUAUUUAAAAAACCUCCGACUGGCAGCAGUACGAGGCUUGAGCCCAUAGGACCGUUCCUAUAAACAGUCCUGGCAGAGCUUGUGAUACAAGCUUCAAUUACACAGGCAGUCAGUCCUUGGAGGACAAGAGAAUCUGGGUAAACAUAAGCAGACGUUACAGUAGAUUCUUUCUCUUUGUAACAUCACCGUGAAGUCAAAGGAAAUGUCUGCCUAGAGAAAUCUAGAUGAUUUUAAAGUACAGCCCCUGACACAGACUCUGCUUCCAGCCAACUUCAUGUAAAUGUAGGGAACUCUGUGAAGAUCAUCUUUUCACUAUAAACACUGGUUAGUCCAGUGUCCACAGGGAAUCCUAUUCUCUUCGUUGCUGGAUGUUGUUUUAUUCUAAGUACCUUAACGUCAUUAUGUAUAUGCUUAUAUAUUUAUAUAUUAUAUAAAUAAA